ACAGAUACACAAAAAUUCUACGGAAGUACAGUAAAGAAGUAUUUGUACUUAGUUACUUUACAGCUCUGUCCAAACAGAAAAGGUUUUGCUGAGAGACAACAGAACUUUGCUGCUGGUGGAUUUUAACGAAGAGGGCUCCCCCUGCUGGACACUACUGACACUACAUGAGGUUGGAAUCAAACACCACCACCAGGGGGCGCUGCUGGAAAAACAAGUGUAAAUGUGAAAAAGCUUUUCAAUAGCAUAUUUAACUGUUUCAGAAAGACACAGUGGUCAUAAAUGGAUCAAAACUAAAGAUAUUUAUAUUUGUUUGCUAAAUGUUUUGUCAAAUCCUGGUCCUGCAGGACCACCAUCAAUAUUUCAUCCUGCAUGUUUCUCUGCUUCAACACACCUGGCUUGAAUGAAAGGUGAUUAACAGGCGUCUGCAGUCCUGAAUCAGGUGAGGUGAGUCGUGGAAACAAGUAAAGCCUGCAGGAUGGACUGGACACUCCUGGUUAAGAAUCAGGUUGGGCAAACAAUGGGAGCUACACACUGAAGUGCAGUGUCGGGACGGGAGGCUUCUUGGUGCAAGGAAUCCAAACAACAAUGCAGAUAUUAUUCAGGAAAAACAAAAAUCAUUAAACUUUCUUAGCUUUUAGAAAAGUGGACUUGUCCGUGCUCUCUUCUCCAAUGAGUGACAACGACACGCCGAGCCCAGGCGCCCGUUUCACCAUCCGCUCGGCCAACUCCCCAACUUACACGUUCACUCGCAGGUCCGGCAUCAGGAAGAAGGAAACGUCCGAAGCUGCAAAAGAACAGGAGAAAUGUGGGACACGUGUAGGCACAAACAAUUCAACAAAUGAUGGGAACAAGAGAGUCAAAGAUCAGACUGAGGAGGGGGAUACAUCAGUCUGUCAGCUGACAUCAAAGCUGCACCAGAAUGGCACUGCAGCGGACGAAACAAACCAAGAGAAUAGCGCUGAUGUAGGUAUGAACUCUGUGUUUGAAAGGCUGGGGAGAUCCAACCUGCCAAGUAGAAGUCAAAGUUUUGACUGGAGAUCAGGAACGGGGAGCCCUGUUCGGAGUCGCACCAUGCUGCCAUCUCAAAGAAAAACUGACUUUAGGUUAGAGGAAAGCAGGACCAAAACUGGGAUCAACAUAACGAGGAAGGGGACAUCGCUACAUCUGAAAACAAGCCCUGCGAAUCACAGUGAUCUGGCAUUGGACAAAGCCAACAAAGUCAAGUCUCUCCCCUCCAGGUUUAGAUCUGAGUUUGGGCAUGGCUCAGGAUUCACAGAGACUUUCUUUGGGCCCAAAGGUGGUCAGAGUAUCCAAGAGCGGAUACAGAAACUUUAUGAAUCAGUCGGCGAAAGUACGACAGGAGGAACCUUUCCCAGGCGGUUCUCAACAGGAGGUAACUCCAGUCCAGUGCACACCAAGGUGUCGUUCAUCUGGACUCAGAGGUCUGAGACUGUGGUUUCUCCAGAGACGAUAAAAUCCAAAGAGACCUCACCAUCAAAGCAGUGGCAGGGAUCGUUCAACAGCAAGAAUUUGGAAGGAGUUAACUGGAGUAAGGACAUGAUGGAAAUUGGCACAAAAUCCCUGGACAGAGCAAGAAGCAGAAACUCUAUAGCAGCUCAGAUCAGGUCUGCCAGAACUGCAGGAGAGAUUUUUGGAACUGCACAACCAGAAAAUACUUCAGAGGACAGAAAUGAACCAAUAAAAGUACAAGAAAAGAUCAAAGAAAAAGCUGAAGGAACAACAAAACAAACCGAACCCCGGAGUGUUACAGCUGACAAAGACAUGUUUGACACAAAUCCUCAGAAGAAUGAUCUGAAAACAGCUGAGGGGAAGAAGCUUCCAGACACUCUGUCGGUCCAUUCUUCAGCCAGUGUGAGAAAUAAGAUCAACCAGUUUGAGGCUCUGACACAGAAUACUACACAUGGAAUACAGCUACCAAGAUGGCCAUUUUAUGCACCGACACAACCCAAGUGCCACGACGGCGUGAAGAAGAGCAGGUCGGCAAAAGAAAUACGUGAACGAGGAGUUAAGUGGGAGAUGACAAAAGAGGGUGGGGAGGAAGAGAAAGCUAGAGAAAAAAGCAAGAAGUUUGUAUCAAAGAGGUCCCUGUCGGUGGACGAGGUUGGACUACGGUUAGAGAAGAUGGAAACCGAAGGAAAGCAUUUAGCAGACAAGGACAAAAACUACCUCUCUGAGGAUUUUGAUAAAUAUUCAAGACUCAAAAAGACAAUGCACCUUCCUCUGGAUGAAGGAACUCAAAGACACAGUAAAAUGUUUUACCUUCAGUCCAAUUUUCCCAAAGAUUCGAGCCCAAAAGACUCGAGCAAGAAAGAAACAAGCAACAGCGAGCCAUCCCUGCAUUCAGUCCCUCUGCAGCCACAGCAAGAAACUCCAUCACCUGUUAGUGAUGACGACGAGACGCCAACAAACAUCCCCGACAGCUUGUUUUUUGCUUUUCCUGCUGCUCCAACAGAAAAACACCCUUUUGUUGCAGACAAUAAAAACAAGAACACUUCUGUUAUCGUUCAAGAAGAUGAAACAGACUCCCCUCCUCUUCCUGCCACUUUCUCCCACAAAAACCUCUCAGACGUUUGCAGAAGACGAGAAGAGCGAACCGAUGAAACUGACUUCCCUCCUCUUCUUCCUGCCACUGACUCUGAAAGCAACAUGUCAGACGUCUUCUAUCCAAAUGAUGAAACGGCCUACCCAAAGGGAAAGAAGCAGCUGUUGGACCUGAACGCUUGGGUGGCGGGCCUGAACCCUGCGUACGAGGGCUGGAACGAGUUCAUUGGUAGUUACGAGGAUGAUGAUGAAAGCACACAGAAGGACGAUGAUUCAAACUAUGAUUCAGACUCGGGGGAUUCCUCGGUGACCAUCACCAGCAAUAAGAGCCAAUCAGAUCGCAGGAGUUUCAGUCUGAGUCUUGCAGAGCUGUGCAACUUUUCUGGUGCUGAAUACGAAUCGGACGAAGACGUGGACGAGUGGGAGCAACACAACCGGCGCUCUGCCUCGUUGAGCUCGGACUUGUCGGCUUUCUCUUGCGUGUCGUUGAUGCCUGCCGAGGAGCUGGACAAGCUGCUGGAGGACGUCAAAGAUCUGGGGGAUGAAACUCUGCGGGAGUAUGAUGACAUCCAGGUUGUUGUUCUUCAUAAGGAGUUUGGGGUGGGACUGGGCUUCAGUCUGGCAGGGGGAGCAGACCAAAACAAACCCAUCACCGUUCACAAGGUAUUUCCUUCAGGUGUUGCAGCCAAGGAGGGCUCCAUAAGGGAAGGGGAUCAGGUUUUGUCCAUCAACGGCACUGCACUGAGUGGGACUGCCCACUGGGAGGCCCUACAGGUCUUAAGAAGGGCGAAGACCCGGGACAUGGUGGUUGUUGUGCUGAGGAAAGGUGAUGUCACCGGUGCUUCACAGAAGAGAGUGCAUAAAAAUAAGGAGCGAGCAGCACAGAGUCAGCAGGAAACAGGCCAACGAGUGUGUGUGCAGCUGCAGAAGAACAGCAGAGAUCUGGGCUUCAGCCUGCAGGGAGGAGUGGGCUCCAGCGAGGGGAACAGACCACUCACCGUACAGAAGGUCUUCCAGGGAGGUCCUGUCGAGAAAGUUUUUCCUGGCGAUGAAGUUGUAGAAAUCCAACAUGUCAACAUGUUGGGUAUGAGACGUCUGGAGGUCUGGACUUUCAUCAGAAAACUCCCACCUGGACCGGUGGAGGUGGUUCUUCAUCGUCCCCAUAAACCUCAGCGUCCAUGAGGGUUAGAAAGGCUCAUUCUGCAAAGCACAAACCAAAACAUCUUCACUUGAAACUGCCUGCAGUGGAACCAAACAUAAAGAAAGUUUUAAAUGCUUUAGAUAACUGACUGUUGUGAAGUGGGCAUGAUGAGUGGAAACCAGAUCACAUGUCCUUUUUAACAGCUACAUGAACCUCCAGGCCUGGGGUGAUGCUACUGCAGCCAUGAUUAACUUGCACUUAUAACUUCCUUGUUCAUCAAAUCAACCAACAUUUUCCAGAGAGAAGUUUAUAAAUGUUGUAAAAGCUCUUAAAACCCCAGCACCUGUUGUAACAUACUGUGAAUAACUGCUUUUGUAUUUUAUAUGGCUUUUUAAUAAAUGCUAAAAAUAAAGUUUCAGUUAAUUGUUCCUA